AGCUGUUUUGGCACAUCUUGACCAAGAGUUCUUCCAGUGGCAGAGCCAUGAUCUUCAGUCUUCUUUGCUUUGGGGGAGGCGUUGUACUGGGCAGCCACUUCUCAGAGAGGAUUUUGCCUGUCUACAAGAGCGUGCUGGGGAAAAGCCAUGAGAUGUGGUACUCUUCCGUCCUCAAGACGCAGCCAGUUCCAACUGGUAACGGACCAGCACCAGGAUCAUAGACAAUGCCUAUCACCAGGUCCGGAAAAACACAGAAUGGAGCACUGAAGCGGUUGCCUCGCACUACCUGAGCUGUACAAAGCCCCUAGAAGCACAGGGAUGUGGCGCCGGUCCAACACAUUUUCAUGUUGUUUGCACUCGUUGUUUCAUUUUAUGAAGAGGAUUGCAACUGUACUUUGCAAAACAGCACAGCCCUACUUUUCAGACCGUAGCUACCAAUGCUACCAUUGCUUGCACAGAAAAGAGCAGAUUGAGAAAGUCUUUUGUUUGAGUUUGGGACAUGCCAGUACACCCCGCUUGAAUUUGAUGGCAAUGUUGCAUUCAAUGAAGUAAACUUACAGGAUUUGUCAACAUGCAAAGCUAAUUUUGCACCAAUGAUUAUGCUCAGAGUUGCAGAAUAGAUUGCACCAGCAAGGCCGCACAUGGCGAGCGCGCGUGAGGUGAGGAGAGCCAGAAGAAGACAUGCUGGUGUUGGCAUAUUCAGUGCCGUGUUUGUGUGGCACUUUUGCACCUUCCAGCAAGGCUUUUGCAACACAAUGCCAAGCAGAGGCUAUCCUUUGAAUGCCAGUCUCCAGGAUCAAUCGCUCGGGCCAACCUCCUGCUUUGCCCAGGCAAACGCCGAGGACAAAGAAGAGCCCGCAAAGUAUGCAGACGAUGUUAUGCCAGAUGUGACCGGGGCAGUCCGGUUGUACGCGACCCACACACUGUGUAUCUCAUGCUUGGCCUGCUGUUGUCAAUUCAAGCGACUCUUGCCAAAUGUGAAGCUUGAGGUAGCCUUUGACGUUUGGAGGGAAACAAGGAGGUGGGUUGGCUCUGGCGAAGAAGUCUUAGCAAGAUUAGAAGCUCAAGAGGAGCAGAACUCACAGAGCUCAAAGACCAAAUGA